UGGCGCACGUCAGCGGCGGCGCGCGCCUGGCUGGGCCCUGCGGAGCGGGAGGGAAGGAGCGAAGGAGCAAGCGGAGCGGCCGUCGCCCAAGCCGAGCCGCGCUGCCAACCCUCCCGCUCGCCCGCCCGCACUCCUGUCCGCCGUGUCUAGCAGCGGGGCCCAGCAUGGUCAUGGCGGAUGGCCCGAGGCACUUGCAGCGCGGGCCGGUCCGGGUGGGGUUCUACGACAUCGAGGGCACGCUGGGCAAGGGCAACUUCGCCGUGGUGAAGCUGGGGCGGCACCGGAUCACCAAGACGGAGGUGGCAAUAAAAAUAAUCGAUAAGUCUCAGCUGGAUGCAGUGAACCUUGAGAAAAUCUACCGAGAAGUACAAAUAAUGAAAAUGUUAGACCACCCUCACAUCAUCAAACUUUAUCAGGUAAUGGAGACCAAAAGUAUGUUGUACCUUGUGACAGAAUAUGCCAAAAAUGGAGAAAUUUUUGACUAUCUUGCUAAUCAUGGCCGGUUAAAUGAGUCUGAAGCCAGGCGAAAAUUCUGGCAAAUCCUGUCUGCUGUUGAUUAUUGUCAUGGUCGGAAGAUUGUGCACCGUGACCUCAAAGCUGAAAAUCUCCUGCUGGAUAACAACAUGAAUAUCAAAAUAGCAGAUUUCGGUUUUGGAAAUUUCUUUAAAAGUGGUGAACUGCUGGCAACAUGGUGUGGCAGCCCCCCUUAUGCAGCCCCAGAAGUCUUUGAAGGGCAGCAGUAUGAAGGACCACAGCUGGACAUCUGGAGUAUGGGAGUUGUUCUUUACGUCCUUGUCUGUGGAGCUCUGCCCUUUGAUGGACCGACUCUUCCAAUUUUGAGGCAGAGGGUUCUGGAAGGAAGAUUCCGGAUUCCGUAUUUCAUGUCAGAAGAUUGCGAGCACCUUAUCCGAAGGAUGUUGGUCCUAGACCCAUCCAAACGGCUAACCAUAGCCCAAAUCAAGGAGCAUAAAUGGAUGCUCAUAGAAGUUCCUGUCCAGAGACCUAUUCUCUAUCCACAAGAGCAAGAAAACGAGCCAUCCAUCGGGGAGUUUAAUGAGCAGGUUCUGCGACUGAUGCACAGCCUUGGAAUAGAUCAGCAGAAAACCAUUGAGUCUUUGCAGAACAAGAGCUAUAACCACUUUGCUGCCAUUUAUUUCUUGUUGGUGGAGCGCCUGAAAUCACAUAGGAGCAGUUUCCCAGUGGAGCAGAGACUUGAUGGCCGCCAGCGUCGGCCUAGCACCAUUGCUGAGCAAACAGUUGCCAAGGCACAGACUGUGGGGCUCCCAAUGACCAUGCAUUCACCAAACAUGAGGCUGCUGCGAUCUGCCCUCCUCCCCCAGGCAUCCAACGUGGAGGCCUUUUCAUUUCCAGCAUCUGGCUGUCAGGCGGAAGCUGCAUUCAUGGAAGAAGAGUGUGUGGACACUCCAAAGGUCAAUGGCUGUCUGCUUGACCCUGUGCCUCCUGUCCUGGUGCGGAAGGGAUGCCAGUCACUGCCCAGCAACAUGAUGGAGACCUCCAUUGACGAAGGGCUGGAGACAGAAGGAGAGGCCGAGGAAGACCCCGCUCAUGCCUUUGAGGCAUUUCAGUCCACACGCAGCGGGCAGAGACGGCACACUCUGUCAGAAGUGACCAAUCAACUGGUCGUGAUGCCUGGGGCAGGGAAAAUUUUCUCCAUGAAUGACAGCCCCUCCCUUGACAGUGUGGACUCUGAGUAUGAUAUGGGGUCUGUUCAGAGGGACCUGAACUUUCUGGAAGACAACCCUUCCCUUAAGGACAUCAUGUUAGCCAAUCAGCCCUCACCCCGCAUGACAUCUCCCUUCAUAAGCCUGAGACCCACCAACCCAGCCAUGCAGGCUCUGAGCUCCCAGAAACGAGAGGUCCACAACAGGUCUCCAGUGAGCUUCAGAGAGGGCCGCAGAGCAUCAGAUACCUCCCUCACCCAGGGAAUUGUAGCAUUUAGACAACAUCUUCAGAAUCUGGCUAGAACCAAAGGAAUUCUAGAGUUGAACAAAGUGCAGUUGCUGUAUGAACAAAUAGGACCAGAGGCGGACCCUAACCUGGCACCAGCGGCUCCUCAGCUCCAGGACCUUGCUAGCAGCUGCCCUCAGGAGGAGGUUUCUCAGCAGCAGGAAAGCGUCUCCACUCUCCCUGCCAGCGUGCAUCCCCAGCUGUCCCCACGGCAGAGCCUGGAGACCCAGUACCUGCAGCACAGACUCCAGAAACCCAGCCUUCUGUCAAAGGCCCAGAACACCUGUCAGCUUUAUUGCAAAGAACCACCGCGGAGCCUUGAGCAGCAGCUGCAGGAACAUAGGCUCCAGCAGAAGCGACUCUUUCUUCAGAAGCAGUCUCAACUGCAGGCCUAUUUUAAUCAGAUGCAGAUAGCAGAGAGCUCCUACCCACAGCCAAGUCAGCAGCUGCCCCUUCCCCGCCAGGAGACUCCACCGCCUUCUCAGCAGGCCCCACCGUUCAGCCUGACCCAGCCCCUGAGCCCCGUCCUGGAGCCUUCCUCCGAGCAGAUGCAAUACAGCCCUUUCCUCAGCCAGUACCAAGAGAUGCAGCUUCAGCCCCUGCCCUCCACUUCCAGUCCCCGGGCUGCUCCUCCUCUGCCCACGCAGCUACAGCAGCAGCAGCCACCACCGCCACCACCACCUCCACCACCCCGACAGCCAGGAGCUGCCCCAGCCCCCUUACAGUUCUCCUAUCAGACUUGUGAGCUGCCAAGCGCUGCUUCCCCUGCGCCAGACUAUCCCACUCCCUGUCAGUAUCCUGUGGAUGGAGCCCAGCAGAGCGACCUAACAGGGCCAGACUGUCCCAGAAGCCCAGGACUGCAAGAGGCCCCCUCCAGCUACGACCCACUAGCCCUCUCUGAGCUACCUGGACUCUUUGAUUGUGAAAUGCUAGACGCUGUGGAUCCACAACACAACGGGUAUGUCCUGGUGAAUUAGUCUCAGCACAGGAAUUGAGGUGAGUCAGGUGAAGGAAGAGUGUAUGUUCCUAUUUUUAUUCCAGCCUUUUAAAUUUAAAGCUUAUUUUCUUGCCCUCUCCCUAACGGGGAGAAAUCGAGUCACCCAACUGGAAUCAGAGGGCCUGGUUGGGGUGGAUGUUGCUUCCUCCGGGUUCUGCCCCACCACAAAGUUUUCUGUGGCAAGUGCUGGAACAUAGUUGUAGGCUGAGGCUCCUGCCCUUCGGUCGAGUGGAGCAAGCUCUCCAGGGCGGCACUGACAAAUGUGUUCCUAAGAAGACAUUCAGACCCAGGUCUUAUGCAGGAUUACAUCCGUUUAUUAUCAAGGGCAACCUUGGUGAAAGCAGAAAAGGUGUGUGCUAUUGCAUAUAUGGGGGAAAAAAGGCAAUAUAUUUUUCACUGAAGCUGAGUAACCACAUAUUGCUACAAGGCAAAUCAAGAAGACAUCAGGAAAUCAGAUGCACAGGAAAGAAAGGAAAGCUGUGCUUUGUCAUUGAAUCCUAAGUUCUUAGCUGCUGAUGCAAGUUGUCCCCCAAGGCCAUCACAAAGCAGUGCGGCAUGAGCUCUGUUUCAGGGGCCACUAAAUAACAGCUGGUACUGACCCCAGACACCGCCUUCAUCUCCAUUCGGAAGCAGGUGACACACCCCUUCAGAAGGUGCCCUGGGUUGCCGAGUGUCAGAAUAUACUCAGGACUCCAGAGGUGUCACACGUGGAACUGACAGGAGACCCACCACCGUGGAGGCAGGGGGGCAAGAAACUCAAGAACGCAUCAAAAGCACCAGCCCUGGGCCAGGGAAGACAGGCUCUUCCUGCAGUUUCUCGUGGACACUGCUGGCUUGGGGGCAGCCGGUCUCCAGGGUACCUGUUGUCUCUUUUCCGAUGUAAUAACUACUUUGACCUUACACUAUAUGUUGCUAGUAGUUUAUUGAGCUUUGUAUAUUUGGACAGUUUCAUAUAGGGCUUAGAGAUUUUAAGGACAUGAUAAAUGAACUUUUCCAUCCCAUGUGAAGUGGUAGUGCGGUGCCUUUCCCCCAGAUCAUGCUUUAAUUCUUUCUUUUCUGUAGAAACCAACAGUUUCCAUUUAUGUUAAUGCUAAAUCCAAAGUCACUUCAGAGUUUGUUUUCCACCAUGUGGGAAUCAGCAUUCUUAAUUUCCUUAAAGUUUUGACUUGUAAUGAAAUGUUCAAGUAUUACAGCAAUAUUCAAAGAACCACAGAUGUGUUAACCAUUUAAGCAGAUCAUCUGCCAAACAUUAUAUUACUAAUAAAACUUAACCAACACUUACAAUUCAGUCAUCAAAGUAAGUAAAACUUAGAUGCUACAGCUAGCUAACUGUAUCCCUAGAAAUGAUGAAUAAUUUGCCAUUUGGACAGUUAACAUCCAGGUGUUACGAAGUCAGUGUUAAUUCUAAAGAUGAUCAUUUCUGCCCGUUAGAAUGGCUUGUCCCAUCAGCAGAUGAAUGUGUUAAGCACAAAGCAUCUUCCUUAAAGCACAAAGAGAGGGACUAACUGAUGCUGCACCUAGAAAACACCUUUAAGUUGCCUUUCCUCUUUGUAGUUAGUUAGUGUCCACGCAAGUGACGUGUGGAAAGUCUAGGGGGUUCCAUUCUGGCCAUGCGAGCCCAGCUCCUACCAACGUUGGUAACUUGAGCAGUCCCUGUUGCUGGCCAGAGACUGCCUGGUCGCCAGCACUCACCAUGGGUGCCAGGAUGCUUUGCGGAGGCACAGUGCUCGUAGUUGGACUCGGUGUCAGUGGGAAAGGGCAGUGUGGGGACUGUCAUUUUUGUGAUUUAAUAACACACAGUGAAAAUCCAGGAAGAAUUAAGCUCCUUCUAGGAGUUUAUUCCUGCUCGUGCUUAAGAUUGAUGAUUUCGUGAAAUAAAGAACAUCAUUUCAUUUAAGAGAUCAUUUCAUUAAGAUCUCUAAUCUGUUUUGAGUCUUUGCAAAAUAGCCAGUUAUAAAAUGGGGCUUGAUUUGUUUAGACUGAAGGAAGACGUUUUCCCAAAAUAUACUACAGAAGUGUUACAAUAUUUGUGAUAUUAAAAUGCCUCCAGAUUGAAAAUGGGGGCUGCCCAUUUCAGAACUGCAGGAAUGGUGUAGUUACAGAUCGACAUAAACUGCCCCCCAACAAUGCCAUGAGCUGCUUAGCCCAGGAGACCUGGGAGCUAUGGCAGGACAGUUAGGCCAGCCGAUGAGGAACUGCAGAGAGGCUACUGGAAGGUUAAGGACACAGAGAGAAAUCGAAAGGUGCCCCACAGCAGCCAGGCCUAUCGGGAGCCAUCAGACACGGCAGCGGCGUGGACACCGGCCUGAUGCAGAGCAUGACCCCUCCUGCUGGGACCUGUGUUGUAAGCUCCUAUUUGCUUAUCUUGUUUAUUUCAAGCAGAAAUCAAUAAAUUCCAUAACCCUCUGUAUUGACUGCAAUGUAAGCUGCUGAGGAGACUGGUUCUUUUGGUCAGUCAGGUGUUUGCUCAGCUCUGUCUGAUAACCUGUGCUGCUCUGUCCCUAACUAGUGACCCAUGGAAGCUUCCAAGCAGUUUGCUCUUCAUCAAUACUAACAUAACACUAAGAAGGCUUAGUAUCGCUCUUUUUCUGUGGGGCUACUCUGAAGUACUGACUUGCUUUCCAGCCUGUUUCACAUUAGCAGUGUGUACACUACUGUAUCAUCAUCAGCUUCAUCACCCUGUAAACCAGGCUCCUCUGAAGAGACUGGUGAGAUGAACGUGAGGUAAAAAUUUCAUUCGACAAAAAGUGCAAUACGUGUGGUACUUUAUGUUCUUUUUUUUAAUCUGGGGUAUUAGUCUGUGCUUUGGGAGAAACGCACUAGCUCUGCAAUUUCCAGCUGGGCAAGUGUGUCUCUACUAUCUCCAUGCAACUGAUACACUGGUCCCCGUAAGGCAAACAGCAUGUUAGCCUGACAGGAAGAGGGGGCCCACUUUCACAUUCCCAGUGACACUGACCAUCCCCAGCUGCCCCCUCGCCACCUCUGCCUGCACUGCCCUCUGUCACCGUGGGAACAGGAGGCUGACGGUUCUCUACACCAACCACCUUGAGAAUCCCUGGGUGGGAGAGCAUCAGGGCCCACCAGGGGAGUGGGGAUGGGGCUCAGGGACUGUUCGCACCCAUCUGAGAAAACCCCUUCUCUCUUCCAUCCACUUUUACCUCCUAGGAAAGAAAAAGUCAGUGGCCCUUUCUUCCUCAGAUAUCAAGAACUCCCAAGUGUUUAAACCAUAUGCUGGAGUCAGUGGGUGGGACAGACAGGAGCCCAAGACUGAAGCCAGCCCUUGCCUCUUGUGCCCCUUCCCAACUCUGGUGCUGGAGUAAUGGGGGGCUCUGUGUUUUGAUGGGGAGCAAGGGGGGACCCCCUGUAGGAGGAUCGGCCUCUCCCCUGCCCCCUACCCUUUCCCGUGGACUGAAGGCUCCAGCAGAAGGGACUCAUCAUGAGACUGACCGACUCCCCCACCUCCACCCACACACUGAAUGUCAUCAGUCCUAAAGGCAGGGAAACGCUCACAGAAUUCUGCCCACGGGUUAGACGUGGGGAGAAGGAUAUUCCCAGCUCCAGAGUGAUUAGGUGAUCAGCCAGAAACUAAGGCAAGGUGACAAGCAGCAGCCUGGAGUCACAAUUGGUCCCAGGCAUGUGGGCACUAAACAGCCUCUGGAGACAUGCAGGCAGUUGAGGAUGCAAGGACAGAGUGAGUGAGCGGCGCUCCUUUUUGGGGUCCUCCAGCCUCUAGUCAAGCCCCAGGUUCAUAAAUAUGUAUUACAUUUUAAAACCUGUAUCAACAGUCACAUUUAAGCUCUCUAUUGGUUUAAAGAAAAUUCAUACUCCAGAUAACUUUUUCCCAUUCAACCUCCUGUAGAGACAAUAUGCAGUGUGUCAUUUCACAGUAUCAGUCCCUGUGAACAGUGGCUGACACCGGUGCUGGGGCUGACCUGCUACACUCGAACUCCUAAACUGGGCUGCCUCUACUGCCUCCUGAGAAGCCACCCGAGCCACUCGGUCUCUUUGUGCCUAAACAUCAAAGGUGAAAAUUGGAGAACAGGAAGGCUCGUAAGUUGGAGUCAUUGUACAGGCAGGGAUCUUUGAUCAUUUUGUUGCUUCUGGAAUUUAAUUUUUUUUUUUUUUGAGGCAGAGUCUCGAUCUGUCACCCAGGCUGGAGUGCAAUGGCGCGAUUUCAGCUCACUGCAACCUCCACCUCCUGGGUUCAAGCCAUUCUCCUGCCUCAGCCUCCCAAGUAGCUGGGACUACAGGUGUGUGCCACCGCAUCCAGCUAGUUUGUGUAUCUUUAGUAGAGAUGGGGUUUCACCAUGUUGUCCAGGCUGAUCUCGAACUCCUGACCUCAGGUGAUCCACCCACCUUGGCCUCCCAAAGUGCUGGGAUUACAGGCGUGAGCCACUGCACCCGACCUGGAAUUUUUUUAUAGAACUUAUCUUCAGAGCAAUGUAUGAAAGACAAGAGCAGUAUCGGCCGGGCGCGGUGGCUCACGCCUGUAAUCCCAGCAAUUUGGGAGGCCAAGGCAGGCGGAUCAUGAGGUCAGGAGAUUGAGACCAUCCUAACACAGUGAAACCAUGUCUCUACUAAAAAUACAAAAAAUUAGCCGGGUGUGGUGGCAGGCGCCUGUAGUCCCAGCUACUCAGGAGGCUGAGGCAGGAGAAUGGCAUGAAUCCGGGAGGUGGAGCUUGCAGUGAGCCGAGAUCACGCCACCGCACUACAGCCUGGGCGACAGAGUGAGACUCCACCUCAAAAAAAAAAAAAAAAAGACAAGAGCAGUAUCAUCUGCCUCUGUUUCUAAACUGGACAAAGAGAUUUUCUUAAAGUUUCUGUCUCCCUUCUGACAGGUUCCACAGUGUGGUCUGAAGCACCUGUAAUGUCAGAGCCCUUGUCUGGCCCUUGGUGGCAGGUGAACGAAGGCAGUGGAGCCUCUCACCUCCCAGUAGCCUCUCACAUUCUUAUUUUACCAUUUUUGUCCUAAUUAAGGUAGCCUGGCUGAUUCUAGAAGACUAACAGCCAUCCUCUGUGCACCCCCACCUUGUGUCCACAUCUUCUCCAGGCAGGUUUCAACCUAUCAGCAGACUCAGGCACACACUGGGGCAGAUAGAGAACCAGGCGGCAGCAGUGCCCACAGACCCACCCAGGAAGAGCUUUGAUGGGUUCUGCCCAGAUACUCCGCUUGCCCACCCACAAGGGAGCAAUAGCUUAUAUUGUACAUUAGUUUUACCAAGCACUUUCGCAAGUACUGUCUUCUAAUCCUCACAGCAAUUCUAUGAAAUUAGUUGGGGAGAUACUGUCCUUAUUUUUCACAGCUGAAGAAACUAAAGCUCUGGGAAGUUUGUGACUUCUCUGAGAUCACAGCUGGUGACAGGAGGAGCUGGGACACGCGCUUGGGUUGACUGGCUUCUGGUUUUGGUUCUCUGGCUUCUAGCUCUGGAAUAAGCCCUCUCUUUCCCUUCUCUUUCCUCAGUAGCAUCUGACUCUUUUCAUAAGCAAACAGCUGUAUAAACAAAGCCCCCAUUUUGGUCAAGCACAGGGUGAAUGUGACAUUGUUCCCACAACCUUAUUCUCCACUCGACAGCUGCCUGGCUCUGGGGAAGAGGCCGCCUUCAGGUGACAGUGCAGCUGUCCAGGUGGCCGUGCACUGAACCAGGCUGAGGGAGACAAAGACCCCGCAGACCCACCUGCCUUUCAGCGUCCAGUUAACUACAGAAGUUUAGGCUCACCUCAAAGAUGUCUAGUUUUUCCAAGUUACAAUACAGCAGUUUCCUACAGAACACCCCCCUCAAUUGCCAAGGGGCCACACUGCACGGCAUCAGGCCACCACUGCAGGCCAGCAGAUUCCACCCCAGGAACGGCCAUGAACUCAGCCUUUGUCUCAAGGAGGGGCGUAACAUUUCCUUACAGUCAAGCCCCAUCAAAUAGAAGUGCUUAUUACUUUUAGGAUUAAAAAAGUAAUAACAGACUUUGACUUAAUACUCAUGUCUUUUCAGAGGCAAAGUGGGUGGGUAGAAGGGAGCUUUAAAAAUAGAAGUACAAAACAACAUCCUGGAAACAUAUGACCCCAGAUGGAAUAAUGUCGCAUUCCCCAGUGCAGAUAAUGGGCUGCUGCUGGCUCUGUGGUGUCUGUCUGCUGAAGAUUUGCUCAGUCAAGGAAAUUCAAGUGGUGAGACCUUUCCACCAUGGGUGGUAAGAGAAACCUGCCUUCACCAAAAUCUCUGAAGGGGAAAGAAGUGGAGAGAAAGGUUUGCUUCACUUCGGGGCCUGCAGUUUCAGAAAUAAAAGGGAUACAGAGAUAUUUGCACUUUGUAGAAAGGGCAAGAUUAUUUGCUUAUACUGAAGGGAGGUGGGUGGUUUUGCUGGAUGUUUGGUCUGAAAGAGUUACUUUUGAUAAAGUUAAUCUAAUUGUAGUUAUAUUUUCUGUGUGCUUUAAUUACUAAGAAAAAAAUUGGUGAGUUCAGUAGCUUUGGUAUUAUGAGUGCAAAUCAUAAUAGCUCCAAUGUGAAAAAAAAUCAAAAGUAUAACUUGUCACUCAAUGUUAGAAAAUUGCCUAAAAUGCAGUGUAAUAAAUAAUCUUUGUACCAAAUGGUAAUUUAAAUGGGGUAAUUUUCUGCAAGGAAAAUGUACUGUUUUUAUGUUUCCAACCCUCUUGAAUUAAAAUAAAAACAACUUGUUUUCUAAGAGCCC